UUAGAACUAUCUAAGAAUAAUCUUCACAUUGUUUUCUUUUUUGGUGAUAAUUGAUUAAAGUUUACAUCUUUAGAGAGUUUUAUUCCAAUGGGUCUCUUAUUUUGUACCUUACUUCCAUUCAAAGGCAAGACAUUUCCAAGUUCUACUUUGCCAAUUGUACCACUUUCUGGCAGCAUUGAGGCCUAAACAGCUCAUCCUUUCAAUCAUGAAAUCAAAGGGAAGCUUAUGUCGAAUCAGAAAAUGCGUGUUCGAUCUACUGUCAAUGGAGGAGGAAUUAGUCGAUGAGAAUGACGAUAAUUUUGAGUUUAUCAGAAAAGAUCUCCGGCUGAAAUCGACUUUCCUGUACUUUGAUCUCAGCCAAAUUAUAUCAAUUGCCGGUGAUGAACACAAGAAGGCUUCACUUACUCAUCUUGCCAAUACAUUGUUCUCUUGUAUCGAAAAGCUCGGCAAUGCAUUGAAGAGCAGGAGAGUGUCUUUGAUUCAGAUACAUUACCAUGAUGCAGCUUUAGCUCUUCAGGAAGUGAUGACUGCUCUUCAAUUACUGCAUGGAAGAAAUGAACGAAAAUGAUCAAUAGUUAUUUUUGUAAUCUAAGUUCUAAACAACCUUAAGGAAUUACUGCAUUUUAUAUUUUAAGUGUUAUUUUUUGUAAUCUAAUUUCUAAAUCAUCUUAAGGAAUUACUGCAUUUUAAUUUAAGAGUUUGCAAGAUAU